CAUUUGGCUUUGGUUAUACCUUGAGGCGCUUCUUCCGAGCGAUCCAACCCCAAACAACUGCCGUCCUCCACGGUUUUAGCCUUCCUUGCAUUUGUAAUUUUAAGUCUUCAUUUUGGGGGCUCCGAAGGUACCUCACGGCCUCAGCCUUCGAAGCCCGCAAUCCGCAUGGACGGGCACGCUGCCAGAGCAGCUCCUUACCUGCUGGCAAGCUCGGGAGGCGUCAGGGUGUGUGAAGCCUGAGCGACGACGCCCGAAGCCAUUCACAACCGGACGGGAGUUGGGGGGCCUGGUGGCCGGGAACGCCUAAAGUGUGACACCCUCCACUCGCGAAGCAGGGCCUCCCCGGCGCGCCUGCGGCCCGAAGUGCAAACCUAGUUGGUGCCACGUGCGGCCCCGCGCAACAGCACUUCACUCUCCCCAGCAGCCCUUGCGCUGCUCUGGCCGCGUGGGCGCCGGAGCCUCAACCCACUGCCUGCCUGUGGCGUGGGGCUCGCCAGCAGCUGCAACACAGAGGUCGACCUAGCCUGGGGCCCUCGGCCUGAGAGGGAGCCGCCAUGGGCUGCGCCUCGUCCUCCAUCAAGGACGUCGACGCACUGCCCGUGCGGCCCCACUACCGGACCGCCUUUGCCCGCACCUCCACGAACGACCGGGCGUCGGGCACCGUGGACGGGCCCGGCGGGACAGUGCCGCUGGCGGUGGUGGACGCAUUCAAACCGCCGCCGGGCGCCACUGUGGGCGGCGGCGCGGUGGCGGCGCUGGUGACCGGGACUGCCAGUGGCGCGGCGGCGGCGGCGGAGCUGGCUGACUGCCACGACAUUGUACUGUGCUACACGUUGAGCGGCACGGUGUUUGGGCUGGAGUUGACGGCCCGCUACGAGAAGAUCAGCUCUGUGAGCGUGUGGACGCCCGAUCUGGUCAUGUCGGUGCCGGGCUCGCCGCUGGGUCACGCAUACAAGUCGGUGUCCGCAAAUGCGAAGAUGUGGAGCGAUGCGCCGGGCGCUCACGCCAUACUGGGUCUGGAGGGGGCAGGCGACUUUGACGGCGGGCCGCACGGGGUGGUAGAGAUCAAGCCGGCGCCGGAGGACGGUGCUGCCCUUGCCGCCUCCGCAUCAGCGAUGCUGCUGAACCGGCAGAUACGGUUCUGCCGCCGCGGCGUGAUUGUGCUGCUCACAUCGGGCUGCACCUGGGACGACGGCGUGCUAGCCUGCAUGCGGCUGGCGGCGCGCUGGCUGCGGCCGCUCGUGCUGGUGCACUGCUGCCAGAGCUGCCCGCUGCCAGCUCUGGAGGAGUGGCCCGCGGAUGUCCGGCCGCUCAUUGCCGGCAGCGGCCGCCCGGUCAAGUACUUGUCCCAGCACUCGGCGGAGGCGCUGCGGGACGUGGAGCAGCGCUUCCUGGCGGCGGCCGCAGCGGCGGAGGCCGCCGCCACCGCCGCCGCCAGCGCCAGCGCGAGCGCCAGCGCCGCCAGCGCGAACGGUGGUGGCGGGGGCGGCGGCAAGGGACUGGCAAACCACAAACCAACACCGGAUGAGUUGGCGUCGGCAGCAGCGCAGCGUGCCUACGCUGCGUCGGCGGCGUCGGUAGCGGCGGCGGCGGCCGCCGGCAUGCGUGAGGGGCCGGCGUCGUUGGCGGCAAUGCAGCACUCCGCUGCCUCCGGGCAGCUCAACCGCCGUGCCGCGCAGCUGCUUGGCCCUUGGACUGCAACGCUUGGUGCUGCCAAUGGCGGAAGCCUUGCGGUUGGCAGCGAAACGGGCGGCGGCGGCGACGCGGCGCGCAAUGAAAGCGGUUGCGCCAGUAGCUACCAGGUCAGCAGCACGCCGAUUGAGACAAUCACUGCCGAGGCUGCGUCGGAUUCAGAGCCAGGCAGUCGCGGCACGUCCGCACCGGCAGGUACCAGGGGCCUCAAGAGCGCUGCCACCGCGUCCGAUAUCAGCAAGGCCGCGGCCUUUGCCGCCGUAGCCGCGGAGCCCUUUGGCGGCGGCGGCAGCGGCGGCGCUCGCAAGGCCAGGUCGGCGGCGGCCGCGGCGGCGCAGGGGAAGGUGUCUGGAAGCGGCGAGGACGCGGCGGUGCCCCUGCCGUCGCCGCGUCUGCCGCUGGACGUCGACGUAAGCGUGCGGGGUGGCGGCGUCAUGGGAGGGCCGGCGGCUGCGUGGCGCUGCGUGCUGCGGUACCGGCACGGCGGCUGGGCGGCUCCAGUGGCAUACCUGUGCGCGCACCUGGAGGAGCAGCUGGGCCGGGCACAGGUGGUGGUGCAGGCGGCCACACCCGCGGCCAAAGCGAGGACUGACCAUGACGCGGCUGAUGGCGGUGGCGGUGGUGGUGAGGGGCAAGGCGCUGCGGCGAACCAGGGACGCCAACGCGACCACGCAGACGGGCCGCAUGCGGCCGGCAGCGCACGCGCCCUGGUUGGCACAGGAGUGGGCGGACGGCCCGGCGGCAGGGGAGGCAGCAGGAGCGGCGGCGACGGCGUCACCUCUGGGACCGGUGACGAGCUGGUUGCGUUCACUGCGCCGCGCGGCAACUCAGACUGCGGGAUGUCGGUUCCGCCACUUGCAUCCGAAGCGGGCGGCCAACAAGCGACGGCAGCAGCUGCAGCACCAGUCGAUGGCCACUGGGCGCAAGCAACGCUUGGUGCGGGGCUUGCGUCAAGCGUCGCCAGCGGCGUCGCUGUCAGCGGAGGCGGCGGCGUUGCCGGCGGCGGCAGGCCAGGCGAAGGCGAAGGCGGGGGCGGAGGCGGAGGCGGAGGCGGAGGCGGAGGCGGAGGCGGGGACGUUACGGUGGUGCAGUUCCUGACACCAGGGAUGGUGGCAUCGGCGGCGUGCCUGCAGGAGGCGGCGUCGCGGCUGGCGCGCGGGCGGCGCCUGGUGCUGGUGUCGGAUGGGGAGUACGUGCAGAGGCUGCCGCCGCAACCGCCCGCUGGUGUCACGCCGGAGGCAUGGAAGGCCGUCCGGCAGCUGUGGCGCGAGCGGCUUCUGUAUGUGUCCGACUACCACACCUCGUUUGCGGGCCUGCUGCUGAGCACAGUGGCGGAAAGCCGCAGCAAGCGGGAAUGCGGGCGGGCUGGAGCGGCUUAGGGGGGUGCUCGGCACGGCCGCUGCUGCUACUGCUGCUGCGGGAGCUGUUGUGGCUGUGGGUGCUGCAGAUAGGGGCCCGCCGCUGUUCAGGCUGGUGCAUGUGCUCGUUGUGUCUGCAUCCUACAAUUCGGAAGGCGCCCAGUCAACGCACUUAUGAUUUACGUUGGUAUCAACUCGCAGCCGACACGACAUUGUAUGCUCGCAAGUGUGCUGUGAUUGGCUGGUUGGUUAGUUUAGCCCCACCACAGACACGGUAGGAGGACCACGUGAGCUGACUGACACUGUCUGGCUGACCGGAGGCAUUCGAGAGCAGCAGUGGUGAUGCGUGUACUUUGCACGUGCGGCGUGCGGCGCGGCAAUCCUCGCAACUACCAACACUUUAACUGACACACGGGGAUCACAAACAGGCUUUCGCGCGCAACUGCCAACGAACAGGGGUGGCGCGUGGCGUGGCGGUUGGGGCGCGGCGCGAGUGGAAGGUGGUAGUUGAGCGCCCACGCGUGUGGGAAGGGCACGGCGCGGCACGGCGGAGCACUGCGAAGGCUGGCGGUUGGCGCGCCACGCACACGAGUGGGAGUGCAUAGUCGCGCGCGCCCCGUUUGGGAAGCUGCAUGUGUGAGCUGCGUAUAAUUAGAGAGACGCAUGGGGCUUACCCGGGUGCCAUACGCUGCCUCUAAGCGCACACGGUUUCACACUUUCACACGACUGACACUGGGACCAUCGCCGCCCCCUUGGGCGUGGGGCUCCCGGUUUGGUGAAGCGUGUGUGGAAAUGUAUGUGACUGCUGUGUGGCGGCGCGUGCCGUCGCCCCUGCCGGGGCUGGCGUCGCCUCAAGAGGCGGCCGACCGGUUUGCGGCGGCGGUGGCCCUUCUCCCCGCUGGCUGGGCUUGCCGCCGCGCUGCCGCUCCCGGCGGCCGACAUCGUGAGUGCUACGGCGGAGUCGGUGCAACAGGUGGUGCGGGGGCUUGGCUGGUUGCAGUGCGGGGGGCCGCCCAUCCUGCUCACUGCCUACACGGUGAAGGCGGGGACCGUGCUACAAAUGGCUCCACAGUUAGCCGCCCUUAAGGCUAAGCAUUUGCAAUAUGUGUGUCGGGGGUGGAGGCUGCCCUGGCGGCGCGGGCCUUCGUGUGCACCUUGGCCCGCUUGUGGUCGCUGAAAUGGGAGAAUCAUCAUAAGGAAGCACUGUGGCGUGUGGCCGCCAAUGCUUGCUGGGCGUUUCCACGGCAUGCUAGCGAGCGGGCGCGAGGCGUUGCUGUUGACCCGUGUUGGGCGUGUGGGUUUGACACGCAGGAUGGGGACCGGCGUCACUGGUUUUGGGACUGCACUGUUGCGCUGUCCCUGCGGGAAAACAUGGGGAUGGCUGUGGGUUUCAUGCCAGAGGAUGCUCUAAGUGCCUUCCCUCGUGAGGAGUUGUGGUUAAUGCGCCCGCCUGCGGGGCCUGCGCCACCUGUGUGGGAUGUGGUGUGUCUCGCUGCUAUGUCUGCCCUGGACUUUGGUCGGCAGCGUAUGGUUAUGGCCGGGCUGGCGGCGCGAGCGAAGGUGCCGUCGGCCCGGGUGCUGAGCAUUGGACUUGCCGUCGUAGCUGACUUCUGGGGUCGUCUCCAGACGUUUGUGUGUGUGUUACAGGAUUGGAAGUGUGCAUUCCUAAUACCUGCAACGAGACUAACCGAGCCGCAAGGGCCCCUCGUCUCCUGGAACUGGAUUGUUAGUUGCGUCUUGCACACCGUGUGCACCGUCGUGGUGCUGCCUAAUCAAAAGACAGCGCUUAGACCAAAUAUCACGUACGCAGCAAGCCAACUUAAAUUGGUCAGCACCUUGCAUAACCUGCUUCAUUGAAUCAGAGUUGAUACCGUACGUUGAUCUGACACACGUGUACGCUUCACACUCAAGUAAAACAUGCCGUUCAUCCUCUACUCCUUUGUUGCAGAGGGGGCAAAGCCUGGCAUUUCUAGGUAAAUGGUGGUCUCUAUUGCAAGAUCUCAAGAAAGUAAUGCCGUCAGGCUGCAUUGUACUGCGCACGUAAACUGCAACACCCCCAUGACGUUUGUGACUUUGGGUAUCAGGCCCAAGGGCUGGGACACUGUGCCGUCUGCGCAUCCUUUCAUCUCUCGGGCUGUUGGUGAAGGCAUGGUAUUGCGCUUGCCGUAUGACGCUGAUUCUCCGCCUCCCUCGCCGUGAGAACCUCUGUGGGUGGUUGGUGGCUUUGUGUGUGGGCAGGACGCACGUGUGGGCGACCGUUCUAGUGCCUGGACGCUUGCGCCCUGUUUACUGCGUGCGCUGUGCGUGUGUGCUGCGGCCUGGACGAUUCCCGGCACUCCAAUGCCUAGGCUUGUGGCGUUGAGGCACAGCGGUGGGGCUCUGGUGGGUUGAGGCUUGGCUAGGACUCACUGUGCGCGGAGUCACACGGACUUUGACCGCGGGAGGGUUUGCAGCAAAGCCGGGGUUGGUGGAGUCAAGUUGGGCCCUGAUAGCAUGUGAUGGCUCGGCGUCUUCGGGUGCUGGGACUGUCUCCUCUGUAACAUCCGCAUUCU